AUGACUCAAAGUCAGAAAAGCAAGCGCCCAGCUGGUGUGAGUUAUUUUAUUUCUGUCACAUCAUUCCUUACUCACUGUCUUCGUCAGGACAAUCCUCUGCUUGUUUGGAAAGACGAACGUGAUACAUAUCUCUCGGAGAUUAUUCAGUUGGACGGACACGGUGAAAAUGCAAGGGACUCGUGUGCAGGCUGUUGCACCAAUCCUGCAGAAUUCCGAUGUCAGGAUUGCGAUGACAUGCAACUGUACUGUGGUACAUGCUCACUGGCAAAUCAUGCCCGGUCUCCAACCCAUCGCAUACAGCAAUGGAAUGGUAUAUUCUUCGAGAGCUCUUCCUUGAAGACGCUAGGCCUUCGAGUGCAACUCGGGCAUCCCAUCGGUCAAUCAUGCAUCCUCCCGCAGCCGGCGUUUAACGACGACUUUGUGCUUAUAGGCACGAACGGAAUACACGAACUAGGACUGGACUUUUGUGGUUGCGAGACAUCCGAGACACAUGUUAAACAACUCCUUCGUCACGGAUGGUUCCCUUCCACGCCAACUAAACCUAGGACAGCGGCAACAUUUCGACUUCUGCAUUACUACCAAAUCUUAUCCUUCGAGUCGAAGGCAUCAGCCUAUGAAUUCUACCAUUCUCUUGUUCGACUCACGGAUAAUACAGGGAUGAUGAAACGCAUGCCGGACCGCUAUGAAGGAUUCAUGCGGAUGGUGCGUAAGUGGCGGCAUCUCACAAUGUUGAAACGUUUCGGACGUGGCCACGAUCCCAGUGGCGUAGAUGGUACAUCGCAGGGCGAAUGCGCGGUGCUAUGUCCAGCAUGCCCGCAGCCAGGGAAGAAUUUACCUGAGGGUUGGCAAAAUGCUUCGAAAGCAAAACGGUGGUUGUAUGCAGUAUUUUUAGCUAUUGACGCGAACUUUCGAUUGAAAAGGCGGAACGUAUCGAGCGAUCACGCAGACCCAAGUCUUUCGAGUGGCUGGUCAUAUUUUGUCGAGGAGAAAGAGUACAAGGCCUUCCUGGCCGAACAUCUCACUGAGGCGCAGGAGAAAAGUACAUGUUCGAGCCACAGCGCUGUCAACAUGGCAGAUACAAAGCAGGCACAAGGGCUUGCUGCUACUGGCGUCGGUACAGUAGACUGUGCCCGUCAUAAUUUUAAACGGCCAAAUGGAGUCGGUGAUCUGCAAAAGGGCGAGAAGUACAUCAAUAUGGAUUAUUUAUUUUUCUCGACUUUGUGUGGUACGCAGCUCGAAAUGCUCAACGUGUCGUACGAUAUUGCGUGCCAAUGGCACAAAAACCUCUGGGCCCGCAUGAAGUCCUUUCCUCGAUCCCAUGCCUUGGACCAUCUCACCAAGUAUAUACGCUUCUUCGUGCCAAAGUUCCACCUCCCCACACAUGUUGCAAAAUGUCAGACCGUCUUCUCAUUCAAUUUCACGUGUUAUGUCGGCCGGACGGAUGGUGAAGCCCCGGAGAGGGGCUGGUCGAAUAUCAACCCUGUGGCAUCAAGUACGAAAGCGAUGGGUCCUGGUUGUCGUCGUGACACGCUGGACGACCAUUUUGGCGAUUGGAAUUGGAAAAAGACCGUCGGGUUGGGCGCGUCUCUCCUGUACAAGAUGAAGGAUGCUCUAGCUGAGAAGGCUGCGCAUGCACUCGCAUUUGAGGAAUUUGACGCUGUCAUCACUCCCGAGCAUCGCUCUGCAUGGUUAGAAGAAAUGCAAGCUUGGGAAGAUAAUCCGAACGACACAUCGAUCUCUAAUCCGCUCGAGGCCAAAGCCAUGGCUAUAACGCAAGCAGGAGUAAGGCUAAAGCUCGCGGAGCUGGAGGCCGAGGACCUUCAGCGAGGUAUAGACUGCUCGUUGCACCCACAAAUCUCGCCUAGUGUGCUUAUUGCUUCAGGCAUAGACCUGGAGCAGGAACAUCUCACGCAGAUGCGGAACUCGCUUCAUCGUAGGAUCGAUAUGUGGCGACGCACACAGGUCCUUUACCUCCCGGCCGUUCAAGGCCUUAUUGAUCAGGCAGCCACGCGUGAAGGCCACGAGAACGCCGAAUGUAUACACCUCUGGCUCCCUUCAGAACUGAAAACCAAGCCGUGCGAUCCACGCCUACAAGAGGACGAAUGGGAAUUGCGCUACGCGCAGGCUCACGAUGCGCUAGAAGAAUUGCGGCAGUGUCUACGCAUUCACUGCUCCUUACUGACAUUCAAAAGGGAAUGGGUGCGUGGUCAAGGCACGAAUACCCGUGCUCAGAAUGCCCUUGCCCACAUCCACCGAAGGCAUACGGCCUGCGUGAAACGUUAUCGGUCAGCAUGGAUGGCGCUCAAGAGCCUAGCUACAAUCAUGAAGAAGACCGGUUGGCAGGGAAGGUUGCAGGAAUUGGCCGACACUCAUGUCAAGCCCCUCGUGGACCCAUAUGCUACUGGCGAAGGGAGACGUCAUGUAUCGUGGAUCUGGAUGAUGGAUGGCGUUGACCAUGGCAAUGAAGGUGACAAUGAUGGUGUACAAAUCGAGUGGUGCAAAACCCGUGCGAGGGCACUGCGGUGGUCGGAAGAGGUCGAAUUACUCACGGAAGAGAUGCGCAGGGUGCUGGAAUUUUUUACCUGGCAGCAAGCGCGGUGGGAAGAACAGGGAAAGGCAUGCGUUGGGGAGUGUGCCGCUGACAUUGAAGGUUUGCGAGCUUAUGCUGCCCGACAGGCUAACAUCCGUCGCAGGCUUGCAGACCAUUUUCGGGUGCUGUGGGCACCCUUUCUUUCACUGGAAGGUCCCAUUGACCCGCCACCUCAGUUGGCCGAACAUUCGUUACUGGACCUCAUGAUUCCCGACAUUCUCUAA